GAGAUCGCGGAAGUAUCAAAUCCAGGCUGAUACACAAUUAUUUUCCUUAGAAUUCUUUUUGCUGUCACCUGUGUGCCAGAAGAAACGACUGGUUUUGCUUUUAAACUGAAAGCAUCUUGACCAAAAUCAGUAUUCUCUUUCAAACCAAGGAAUUUAGAUUUUAAUUUUUUUUUUUUAAGGCAAACAUUAUCUUUGGCUUUUCGGCUCUGAGAAGUAAGUUCAAGUGUCUGCUCUAUGCUAACAAGAGCAUCCCAUGGCCAAGAGAGUCGCAGUGAUUGGAGCUGGGGUGAGCGGCCUGUCUGCCAUCAAAUGCUGCUUGGACGAGGACCUGGAGCCCACCUGCUUUGAGAGAAGCGAUGACUUCGGGGGACUAUGGAAGUUUACUGUGCGUGCCUCACCUGUGCCCCUCUGCGUCAGUUGUAAUCUGGACAGUCGCUCUGUUUCUGCUCAGUCAGGAAUAUUCCAAGGAUGGGAUGACCAGGGUCUACAGAUCAUUAGUGACAAACAUCUGCAAGGAGAUGUCAUGUUAUAGUGACUUUCCAUUCCACGAGGAUUAUCCAAAUUUCAUGAAUCAUGGGAAAUUUUGGGACUAUCUCCGAGAAUUUGCCGAGCACUUCGAUCUCCUCAAAUACAUUCAGUUUAAGACUACUGUGUGCAGUGUAACACAGUGCCCUGACUUCUCUGAAAGUGGGCGGUGGGAUGUUGUCACAGAAACAGAAGGGAAGCAGUACAGAGCUGUUUUUGACGCUGUCCUCGUUUGCACUGGACAUUUCCUGAAUCCUCAUUUACCACUGGAGUCUUUCCCCGGAAUCCAUAAGUUUAAAGGGCAGAUCCUGCACAGCCAAGAGUACAGGACCCCAGAAGCCUUUCAGGGCAAACGUGUCUUGGUGAUUGGCCUCGGGAACACUGGAGGAGACAUCGCAGUGGAACUCAGUCGAAUAGCAGCUCAGGUAUUUCUUAGUACCAGGACUGGCACCUGGGUUAACAGCCGCUCUUCAGACGGGGGCUACCCUCGCAAUAUGAGGACAACAAGAUGCAAUAAUUUGUUUGCUCAAGUUGUACCUUCAUGUUUGCUAAGCUGGAUACAAGAGAGGCAGAUGAAUAAAAGAUUGAACCAUGAGAAUUAUGGAUUAAGUAUUACAAAAGGGAAAAAAAAGAAAGCCAUUACAAAUGAUGAGCUGCCAACCUGCAUUCUGUGUGGGACAAUCACUGUGAAAACCAGCGUGAAAGAGUUUACAGAGACCUCUGCUGUCUUUGAAGAUGGGACAAUGGAAGCAGACAUCGAUUCUGUCAUCUUUGCCACGGGAUAUACAUUUUCUUUUCCCUUUCUUGAAGAACCUCUCAAAAGUCUUUGCACAAAGAAGAUGUUCCUGUACAAGCGCGUGUUUCCCCCAAACCUGGAAAAAACAACCUUAGCGAUCAUUGGCCUGAUCGGUCUUACUGGGUCCAUCUUAGCAGCCACAGAGCUCCAAGCACGGUGGGCCACAAGAGUCUUCAAAGGGCUCUGUAAGAUACCUCCAUCCCAGAAACUGAUGGCCGAGGUGGUUCAAAAGGAGCUGCUCAUUAAAAGGGGUGUGAUUAAAGACACCAGUCAAGACAAACUCAACUACAUCUGCUACAUGGAUGAGCUGGCUGCAUGCAUUGGUGCAAAGCCCAACGUCCCACUUCUGUUCCUCAAGGACCCCAGACUGGCCUGGGAAGUUUUCUUCGGACCCUGUACCCCCUACCAGUACCGCCUAGUGGGCCCUGGGAAAUGGGAUGGAGCCAGAAAUGCCAUCCUGACCCAGUGGGACAGGACUAUGAAACCUUUAAAAACUCGAAUUGUUGCUGAUUCCUCUCAGCCUACCUCCAUGUCACAUUAUUUUAAAGUUUGGGGGGCACCUAUCCUAUUUGCCUCUCUUCUACUUAUCUGUAAAUCUUCACUUUUUAAAUUUGUGUGAGAUAUACUGUUUGAAUGUUCACUUUGUAUGCUUUGAUCCUGUGACCUGAAUCACCAUUUCAAACUGGUGAUAUCUUACUGUUUUUUUUUUUGUAGUUCUGUAUUACUUGUACCCUUACACUGUUUUGUUUUGUUUUGUUCUGUUUUUUUCUCUUUUUCCUUUUAAAUAAAAAAAAAAACUUGUGUGAGAUAAACUCUAAGACAGAAUUUUGCUGUACCACACAGUCUUUCAACUCUCAAAAUACAGAUGAUGAAUUCUCAGAUAA